ACGGUGAACUCCUCCAUAGUAUCCUGCAGUCAGCGACACACAAACUCGGCGUUUAUUAUUAUUAUUAUUAUUUCCCCAUCCCCCCCUCCUUUCUCCUCUCUUCCAACUUUACACAGAGGGCCGGCGAUUAUACUCACAGCAAAGGUCGGAAUUUUUUUGAAAUAUGACGCUGGGUAAAAUGGGAGGAAAGUCGUCGCUAGCUUGCUGAAGUUGGCGGAUCUCCUUGUGGAAGAGGCGGCGGCGGCGGCGGACACCACCAGUUCACUCUCACAUUUUACUCAAAAAAAAAAAAAAGGAGUGAGCCGAGCCUUCCAGCAGAUCCUCUUGUUUCUUUGGGCUAAAAUGAGUAUUACCAGUGACGAAGUGAACUUCUUGGUCUACAGAUACCUCCAAGAAUCAGGUUUCUCUCACUCAGCAUUCACCUUUGGCAUUGAAAGCCACAUCAGCCAAUCCAACAUUAAUGGAACACUAGUGCCCCCUGCAGCCCUCAUCUCCAUCCUGCAGAAAGGGCUCCAGUAUGUGGAGGCAGAAAUUAGCAUCAAUGAGGACGGAACGGUCUUCGACGGCCGGCCGAUCGAGUCACUAUCGCUCAUCGACGCCGUGAUGCCAGAUGUGGUGCAGACGCGGCAGCAGGCCUUCCGCGACAAGUUGGCCCAGCAGCAGGCUGCGUGCACAAUGGCGGCUUCCACCUCUGGCAACCAGUCCAACCCGCCAAAGAACGGUGACGCCACUGUCAACGGGGAGGAGAACGGCACCCACAACAUGAAUAACCAUUGUGAGUCCAUGGAGGUGGAUGUCGAUGUGGAGAUACCCGCCAGCAAAGCCACAGUGCUGCGAGGUCACGAGUCGGAAGUGUUCAUCUGUGCAUGGAACCCUGUCAGUGAUCUACUUGCCUCAGGUUCGGGGGACUCCACGGCCAGGAUCUGGAACCUCAACGAGAACAGCAACUCCAACUCCACCCAGCUGGUGCUGCGUCACUGUAUCCGAGAAGGUGGACAGGACGUCCCCAGCAACAAAGACGUCACCUCACUAGACUGGAAUAGCGACGGCACGCUCCUGGCAACAGGAUCGUACGACGGCUUCGCCAGGAUAUGGACAAAAGACGGAAAUCUGGCGAGUACCUUGGGACAGCACAAGGGGCCCAUAUUUGCACUCAAGUGGAACAAGAAGGGGAACUCCAUUCUCAGUGCUGGCGUAGAUAAGACGACAAUCAUUUGGGAUGCACACACAGGAGAAGCCAAGCAGCAGUUCCCCUUCCACUCAGCUCCAGCUCUGGAUGUCGACUGGCAGAACAACACCACCUUUGCCUCCUGCAGCACAGACAUGUGCAUCCACGUAUGUCGCCUCGGAAGCGACCGGCCACUCAAGACUUUCCAGGGUCACACGAAUGAAGUUAAUGCUAUUAAGUGGGAUCCGUCGGGAAUGCUACUGGCCUCCUGCUCAGACGACAUGACCUUAAAGAUCUGGAGUAUGAAGCAGGAAUUGUGCGUCCAUGACCUCCAGGCUCACAGUAAAGAGAUCUACACUAUCAAGUGGAGCCCGACUGGGCCAGGCACAAGCAAUCCUAACUCCAACAUCAUGCUCGCUAGCGCGUCGUUUGACUCGACCGUGCGGCUGUGGGACGUAGAGCGAGGAGUGUGCAUCCACACACUGACCAAGCACCAAGAGCCCGUCUACAGCGUGGCCUUUAGCCCGGACGGCAAGCACCUCGCCAGCGGUUCCUUUGACAAGUGUGUUCACAUUUGGAACACCACGACCGGGGCCUUGGUGCACAGCUACAGGGGAACGGGUGGAAUAUUUGAAGUGUGCUGGAAUAGCACAGGUGAUAAAGUCGGGGCCAGUGCAUCAGACGGCUCGGUGUGUGUUCUCGACCUCCGAAAAUAGCGGACGUUGGAUGUUGAAUCCUGGAAUGUGCAGCAAACUGCCUUGCUUAGACAUCAGCAAACACUCUCCUCGCUCCCAGGAGGGGGCGUGGCAGGUAGGAGGGAGCGUGGCAGGCAGGGCGGAGUCUAACAUCGAAAAAAAACCCGUACCACCAUGAGAUGAGGGGGGAGGUGGCGCGCCUUACAGCGGACAGACGUAAGGCAUCCACAAAACUGGACUCUCCCAACUUUUAAGAGUUUUUACGAGCUUUCAAGUAAGGAAGCGCUGCGUUAUCCCCCCCCCCCCCCCCUCCCUCCUCCCCCGCGGCCUUCUGCGGUCCAUUCACUCGGGAGGACGGAUGAGUUAGCGGAAGCCAAAAGGCAACAAAUGUGAGGACUUGUUUAGACCCCGCCCACCUCCCCGCUACUCCAUGGAAGGUGGCGGUACUUUUUAACACGAGAGUCCACCAAAAAAAACUUUCAAUCCGGCCCAGUUCUCUCCCCAAUUGGAAAAAGUGUGGUUUACAGAUAAUUUUUUUUUUUUGCCCUUUUUUUUUGGAUGUAAAUGUAAAGAAUGUAAAGAUAUGUAAAUUAGAUUAAUACACAGACUUAUAUACUGUGUAUAUAUGUUUAUAUACAGUACACAUUAUUGACGUCACAUUAGGGGCUCACUAAUGGCGUCUUUGCUGACGAAGCCUCCUUUUUAAAAAACAAAUAAAUAAAUAAAUACAAAAAAAAUACAUGUUUUUUCCAGCCAAGACACAAACGUAUCAGUCGCACACCCGCUUUUUUUUUCUUUUUAAAUUCCUGUUGUCUGAGUGGAACGGGUUUUAACACAAACGACUAUGGCGGUCUAGCAUUCUUUCCCCUCGCUGGUCAUUCGGUUCAACAAUGCAGAUGGCGUCUGACGCUGCCAUCUUUGUUGUCAAACACUUUUUAUUUCCAGUCAACAUGAAGCGCUCGCUUUUUUUUCUUCGUCACAGCGGCUUCAGCAGAAAACUCACAUUUUGCUGGAAGUGAAGGGCCAACAUUUUUGACUUUUUUUUUAUUUUUUAUUUUUUUUACGUACACGUCACAGUUGGAUGUCAAUGGGUGCUUCAUCGUUCUUCUGACUUUUUCAGAGCCAUUAUUGUCUGUGUCAGACUGAGAAUUGGGCUGUGGGUUUGGUGGCCAUUGUGGAUGAAACGCUGUGACAGCUACUUAUUACUAUCUCUCACACACCCUGGUCUAGGGUGUGGUCACCUGUUUCAACAUAAAACAAGUCAUUCAGUGUCGCAAAUAAAUAAAUCACUCUAUUUUGAUAUCAGAA